AUGAGCAGUUUGGCAAAGGGGCUUUGGCACGACCACACCGGUGAGUUUUGCUCCGGUCUCAGGCUACAGUUCUCAACUCCAGGUAUCGUGGGUUGCCAGUGCAGCCUACCACCGCUAUUUGCAAAAGAGCACGCCGCCCCGAUGAUAGUUGACUUGAUUUUGGUUUGA